UUUAUUUCUUAAAAAACUUUUGUCAGACCUGUACGGACGGAUAUCCCGUGGAAACGAGUUUCUUUAUCGUGUUUUCGGAUCUGAAGAAGGAUUAAUAGAUUUUUCCUCCGAAAUCUAAAUUCAAUUAUGAAAGAAAUGAUUUUGAUUUGAAAAAAUUAAAAUAAUUUCAGUUUUAUGCUUUUUGUCUGUUUUCGCUUUCUAUUGUAAUUAUUUAUUUUAGUGUCUUUAUUUUUUUCAAUUUAAAUGCUUCAAAUCUGACAAGCCAUGAGGAAGAAGCUUGAUACCCGUUUCCCAGCUGCACGCAUUAAAAAAAUAAUGCAAGCUGAUGAAGAUGUUGGGAAGAUAGCGUUGGCAGUACCUGUUUUAGUUUCUAAAGCAUUGGAAUUGUUUUUACAAGACCUUUGUGACCGUACAUAUGAAAUCACCCUUCAGCGAGGCGCAAAAACUAUGAAUUCAUUGCAUUUAAAACAUUGUGUACAGAGCUACAAUGUGUUUGAUUUUCUGAGAGAAAUUGUCAGUAGGGUUCCUGAUUAUGGUCAUGGUCAUGGUCAUGGUCAUUCUGAUAAUGCUUCAGAUCAUAGAACUCUUCAAAAAAGGAAGCCCAUUGGGGAGGAAUGCAAUGACAGUGAUGAAGAGUCCAAGAGAAGCAGGAUGCAUGAGAUGAGCCAUGCAGGCAGCAGUGGCAGAGGAAGAGGCCGUGGUCGAGGGAGAGGCCGUGGACGGGGUGCUCGAAGUGCAGAAAGAGAGUCUUCUCAUCGUGACAUUGAAUCUGAACCCAGUACAACUCUCCAGCAAUCUGCAACGAACAACUCAAAUACUGGAAUGGUUAUGGAAAAUGAUUCAGAAUCGGAGCUAUUAAAGGAAAAUAUGAUAGUCAAUGAUGGUGCCAAUGCACCAGAAAGAAACUUUGAUCUGAAUGCCGAGGUUAGUGAGAAUGACGAUGCAAAGGCUACAACAGCUGCGGCUACAGCAGCUGCGGCUACAACAACAACGACAGCAGCAGCAGCAACAACAACGACAGCAGCAGCAACAACAAUAACAACAACAUCAACAACAAUAAUGGUGGCUGAAAGCUCAUCAGUGGCGCCUGUUGCUGAACCUAAUCAUGAAGAAUAUCCUGGUUGGUCACUUUCUGAAAUGGAUAAGAUGGCCAUUGACCCUCUUCAGCUUGCACAACUAGGCACAAGAAUAGAUGAGGAGGAGGAAGAUUACGACGAAGAAGGCUAAUACACUGUUAGUAGGGGCUUUUAGAAAUGUUAGCGGUUGGGUUCUGUUUAGUGGGUGUAAAGACAGGAGAGGAAAGCAGCAGAAAGUGAAGAACCAGAAAGACCACUCCAUGGAGAGCAAAGCACACUUCUUCGACGAGAAGGCUGAAAAACGAUCUUUUAGGUUUUUCUUUGUCUCUGUUAUUUACAUCUCCUAUCAUGCCAUCUCUUGACGACCCUUCCUCCUAUAGUAGAUUUGCUGACAGUUUCAGACCAUUAGCUUGUGUGAUUUGAAUACCUAAUGUAGGAUCAGGACGGACACGGCAACCUUAGUAGAAGUUGCUGUUUAAGAUUAAGAUUGUUGUGUACGAUUUCCUUUUAAAUUGUAGUCCAAGUCCAACCACAUUUUAUUAGCAUUUGGUAGAAAAUUUUCAGCCACUUUGAGAUUA